AAUGCACAAGCCUAGGAAAGGCAAGAGUGCCUUAUGUCGCCCCCUGCAGGCCACAUUUAGAAGUGAUUUACAUUGCAACUUUUCUGUCACCUAUUGAAACAACGCAAUAACUUUGGUCCUUUUUUUGUAUAAGUGGAAUUGUACAACGCUGACAUUUUGGAUACUAGUCCUCACUGUGUAAUUACAGGAGAAAUGCAUAUGCAUAUAUGCAUGUUGUUUGUUGUUGUUGUUGUUGUUGUUGUUUUUUCCACAAAGUUUGGGGAGGAUUUUGCAGGGUAUAAUCGGGCAUUUACAGUCGUUACAGGAUAAGAGAGCGCUGAAUCUGUUUGCUGUGUUGCUGUAGAGGCUUUCGCGGAGUACGCGGGGCAGUGACCGCCCCUGAGAUGUACGUCAACUGGAGCUGGACUUGGAGCAGCAGCUUCUCUGGAGUGUGUGUGGCGAGCAGUGAAACUUUUUGCACGCAUCCCCUUUAGCGUCUCAAAAACAACAACAACAACAAAGAAAAAAAACGUUUCGGUGCGUAGCUUUCGGACAGAUGCAAAACAUUACAACACAUCUGCCGGGUUAAACAGCUGGGCUGUAAGACAACGGCGUGCUAGAGCGCGCGCGCUGGUUAGAGCUGUGCGUGUGCGCGUGUGUGUUUCUAGUUUCUUCCUUUCUUUUCUUUUCUUUUUUUUUUCCUGAAUUGAAUGCACGGAUAUCGCCUGUUCGUGGGCGGUAACGUGCAGAAUAGCGAUGCUGGCGAGAAAAAGUAUCAUUCCCGAGGAGUUCGCGCUACCCGCGCUGGCCUCGCGCGCCCCACGGAAGCCGGUGUUCAGGGACCGCGUGAACAAGGCGCGCUUCAUUGCCAAGAGCGGCGCGUGCAACCUGGCGCACAAGAACAUCCGCGAGCAGGGCCGCUUCCUGCAGGACGUCUUCACCACGCUCGUGGACCUCAAGUGGCGCUUCACGCUUGUCAUCUUCACCAUGACCUUCCUGUGCAGCUGGCUGCUGUUCGCCAUGGCCUGGUGGCUCGUUGCGUUCGGGCACGGAGACCUGGAUCCCACGCGCCAGGCCGGCAUCGAGCAGUGCGUCACCAACGUCAAGUCCUUCACUUCAGCCUUCCUGUUCUCCAUCGAGGUGCAGGUGACUAUAGGCUUCGGUGGCCGGAUGAUCACUGAGCAGUGUCCGACAGCCAUUACGGUGCUGAUCCUGCAGAACAUUGCCGGGCUCAUCAUCAAUGCCGUCAUGCUGGGCUGCAUCUUCAUGAAGACGGCGCAGUCACACAGACGUGCUGAGACGCUCAUCUUCAGCCGGCAGGCUUGCAUCGCCGUGCGCAACAGCCGUCUGUGCUUCAUGAUCCGCGUGGGUGACUUGCGCAAGAGCAUGAUCAUCAAUGCGGCUGUGCGCCUCCAGGUGGUGCGCAAGACCACCACGCCUGAGGGAGAGGUCAUCCCUAUACACCAGAUCGACAUCCAGAGUGAGAGCGCCGGGGCCAGCAACAGUAUUUUCCUCCUUGCACCACUAAUCAUUUGCCAUGUCAUUGAUAAAGACAGUCCACUCUAUGACCUGUCAGCCAUGGAGUUGCAGUGCAGUGACCUGGAAGUGAUUGUCAUCCUUGAGGGUGUUGUGGAGACCACAGGUAUCACCACACAGGCACGCACUUCUUACGUGACUGAGGAGAUCCAGUGGGGCCACCGCUUCGUCCCCAUCGUGACUGAAGAGGAGGGGGUUUACUCUGUGGACUACUCCAAGUUUGGGAAUACAGUGAAGGUGGCGACGCCGCGCUGCAGCGCCCGUGAGCUCGACGAGAAGCCGUCCAUCCUCAUACAGACCAUGCAGAAGAGCGAGCUGUCGCACCAGAACUCUCUGCGCAAGAGGAACUCGAUGCGCCGCAACAACUCCAUGCGCAAGAGCAACUCCAUGCAGCGCAACAACCUGUCACUAGCUGUACCCAAAGUGCAGUUCUUCACACCUGAAGGGGGGCAGAAUGUCGCUGUCACAUGACACGCACGAGACCAUCAUCUGGAUUAUAAAAGGUUCAGGGAUGCUCUAUUCCUGUCUUGCUCCAUUAGACCUCUUCCUGUUGCUCUGUCGAACUCUACCGCUUCUGCUGUAAAGCGGCAGCAAGUGCUGAUCUGCUUUCUUCCUUUCCUGUUUUGCACGAAUGAAUUUAAAAAACACUUAUUAAAAAACAACAUAACGUUUGAGAGUGAGAAAGAGGAAUGCGUUGUGUCUCGUACUACACGGCUAUUUCUUUUCAUAAGAGCACUAUUUCACUGUCCUGUAUUAUUGUACUGUUGUAUUGGAACCUGUAAUAUUGUCACUGAGCUUGUACACACUUUAUUUGAGAAAUGUAAUUCAUGUUCUGUGUAGAAAUUAGAAAUUUAAUUUGAAAUGUUCAAUAAAGCAGUUUGCCCUGCUUGUUGAUUUCAAUUCACGAUAAUGUAUUUUCUACUUUUAACUGCUUUAUCUUCUGAUUUAGCUUGCAUAUUAGUGUUGAUUAGCAAUUUUUUUUUUGUCCCUUGCCAUUUUGAACAACAAUCAUUUUAAACAUUUAAAAAAUAAAAACACAAUAGACUGAAAGAUUUUGUUCUGCCGCUAGGGGGCGAUGUUGCAUCAACCUUCAUCUCAGCCCACUAUACACUAUAUGGCCAAAAGUUUGUAGACACCUGACCAUCACACGUAUAUGUGUUACCACAAAGUGGGAUGUACCCGAUAGUAUAAUGUCUUUUCCAUGACAUAGGUAGAAAUUACUGUACGUUUCAGACAGAAGCAGGAACAGUACUGCUACAUAAAUGUUGUUUGAAAAGCCUCUGGUUCAAACGCUGUUUAACUUGUGGUCUCUCAGGUUACAGUUGUGAACAGGUAGAUGCUUAAUCGCCAAUGUAUUUGUUAAAGAGAUAUGAUAUCAAUUAUGACUGUUUCAGCUUUAUGAUGAUGCUUGAAAUACAGUUUUGUUAGUUAUGUUAGAACUCGGUUGUAGCUACAGGAUUUGAGGUUUGAAUCCCGCCUCUGCCCUGUGCAUGCAGAGUUUGCUGUGAUGUGGGGGGUUUCCUCCGGGUACUCCGGUUUCCUCCCCCGGUCCAAAGAUAUGUAACCUGAUUGGUAAUUUCCAAAUCCUUAGUAUACGAUUGUGCCCUGCGAUGAGUUGGCAUCCUGUCCAGGGUGUCCCGCUUUUUGUGCCACGAGUUCUUUAGGAUAGACUCCAGGCUCCCCUGACACCCUGUGUAUGAUAAGCGGUAUGGAAAAUGGAUGGAUGAUUAAAAAAAGGAUGUAAUGGCGAUGUUCCAAUGCAGGCAAACGUGCCUGUGAUCUAAUUGUUAUCCUCAUGUGUGACAGUUUGAACAGCAAAAAAAAUAAAUAAAAUAAAAAUCA